AUGCGUGAGCUAUUGCUCAUAUGCAUUCUCGGAUGGGUCGAUUCUCAAUUGCUUGAGAAAUCAAGAUCAGUUUGGGUGGAACAGGGUCUUGUUCGAGGAAAUAUUUAUAAUAUUGAUGGAAAGCACAUCCAGAUUUUCAGAGGGAUUCCAUACGCUGAACCACCUAUUGGUGAUUUGAGAUUGAAGCCACCAGUGAAAAAAACUCGCUGGCACCAGGAACUUCCUGCUGUUGAGUAUGGGCCGCCUUGCCUGCAAUUCAUGGAUUUUCAUAAGAAUGACAAGUUCGCAAAGGCUAAUAUGGAUAGACAAAACGAGGAUUGCUUGUAUUUGAACGUGUUCAGCCCAUAUGACACCGAUGAUGAAUCAAAGACGUAUCCAAUUCUUGUUUGGAUUCAUGGAGGAUCGUUCUUGGCAGGCUCCGCAGACACUGGAAUCGACAUGGAAGUUAUCGCAGCUAACAUUGUCUCAAAGGGAAUUGCGUUCGUUUCAAUAAACUAUCGUCUAGGACCACUUGGAUUCAUGAAUUAUCAAAAUGGUGAUAAACUGGAAGGAAAUUUCGGAAUAUGGGACAUGGUAAUGGCCUUACAAUGGAUUCAGUCAAAUAUGAAACAAUUCAACGGAGAUCCAACCAGAGUUACAGUCAUGGGCGAGAGUGCUGGUGGUGCUGCAUCAAGUCUACUCGCAUUAUCUCCAAGAACAACUGGCCUUCUCCAUCAAGCAAUCAUAAUGAGUGGAUCAUCGAUGGCUGGUUGGGCGAUCCACCGUCACAGUCAACCUGCAUACUCUGUCGACAACUUGGUGGCGUACUUCAGGUCUCUUGAUGCGGGAUGUGAGAAGUGGAUUAAUGAGGAAGACACCAAAGAAGUUGUUGGCGAUGAAUACCAACAUUUGACACAAUCGGUUAUCAGAUCUUCGCUGUGUAACUAUCAAAAUGUAAAAAUCAAUUGUCUUACUGAUGACAUGGCUCAAACUGACAAACUCAGUUGUCUUCGAAAGGAACUGAAUUUCUCAUCUCCAUUGUUCCGUAAAGCGCUUGCUGCAGAGCUUGGUGUCUCCAAAAUGGUGGUUGACGGAGAUUUGGUUCCUGCAUCCGGUGUCUCCCUGGUUCGAAACAAUGCCCGAAUUCCCAUCAUGACUGGUGUGGCACGCAAAGAGUGGGGUCACAAGAAGGCAAUGUUUUACAACAUGCACCAACGGGAUGGAUUGAAGAGGAGUGACGUUGAAGAACAAGUUUAUAGAAUAAUUGAUAAUAGUUUCCACGAGACAGCGUCUGAGAAGUUGGCUAAUUCGACAAUCCAAUUGAUUGCAAAUGCAACAAUUGUUAGGUAUCUGGAAACCCCCAACAACGAUUUCAAUGCUGACCAAGUGGUUGGUGCUUUGCAAAAGCUGGAAUCCGACAUUGAAUUUGUCUCUCCUUGCGAAAGAGAAGUUUCUGCUUACGUCGAGAGAGGUGUCCCAGUAUAUCUCUACUCUUUUGACUACGUACCCAAGAGUCCAAUUCUUGAAUCGGAACGCAAAAUCUAUUCGUUGUUUGGAACGAAACCGGUCGAAAUGAGGCGCACGGAGAAAUCUGAGAUUUUGGACAAAGCUGCGUUCCAUGGUCUGGAUCAUGCAUUCAUUUUUUCGAAAGGAUACAGCAGUAACUUUGAAAUCUCCCCAUACACGAAACGUGAGGAGACCAUGUCAAAAAUCCUAUGCACAAUGCUAACAAAUUUUGUUAAAGUUGGAGAUCCGUCCACUUCCAGAUUCUCAUGGCCAGUCUUCUCAGGAAAUAACACCCAACACGUCUCAAUGGACGUUCCACUCAAACUUCUCGAGGGUGAGAUUCAUUUCCCUGACGCUCAAUUCUGGAACACCGAGGCUGAAUUAAUAACAAGAUAUGUGUCAAAAGACUCGGAGACUGAUUUGGAUCCGGAUGCAGAUUUGACGAAUGAAGAGAGAGUCCAAUUGUCGGCGUAUCGUCGUUCGUGGUAUGCUCUCUGGGUGCUCGUCAUCAUUAUCUCUGUGUUGGUAUGGGCUUACGUGGGAUAUUGCGCUUGUAACAAAUCAAAAAGUCCGAGAAGCCAACCAUAUAACAACAUUCUCAUUACAAAAUCUUGA